AUGCUCAACAACAACAACACAGAAAACAUCACAUCAUUAACCACAAAGCCGCUGCCUGCCAUACCCGCUCAUGAUGUUAGUAGAUUUGCCCCCGGAGAUUAUUGGCAUGAUCUUCGACUGUCUCCCACUACCGUCCCUGCUUUGCCUGCGAAGCGUCUCUGGACCUACGAUCUUGACCUGGAUUCUUCAACCACGCUUGAACCAGUGGCCAAAGCGCUUUCGUCCCUAUCUUCACUUCAAGCUCUGACAGUAUCUAUCAAGGGCGAACCUCACCGCGUGGGAGAACAGCCAUUGCCGCCCCUCAACGGCUUCAAAGAUCUGCUCAGAUUCGCCGUGACUUGCUCUGGUGAUAUACCCCGACCAUACUGCGAGCGAGAAAUCAGACCGCUGAUCGAAGCAUCACCGGCAUUGAUCGAAUUCUCCGUGCAGAACUUUGCUAGACCAGCGAAUAAGUGUCUCGUUCAGGAAUGCGUCUCAUUACAGCGUUUCUUCCACCCAGCUAAGCCUGACUUGCAGACACUAGAGCUAGUGCGUGUUCCUCUUCCCAGCCCUGGGCUAAAAGCAACGCUGUCAUCUACACUGCGCCAGCUGAGCGUCUCAACCCCUCCAGCGUCUCGUGGCGUGGAUUUCGCCUGGAAAGCAUUAUGGUCUAGCCUGCAGGAAACACGCACAGAGUUAUCCGCGCUCAAAGUGUCCGGUUCGGAACGAGCAAUGGAUGACAUGUUCCAGUAUUUGCUCAGCUACAACGGACUGCAAAAGCUAGAGAUCAUGCAUCUGCAAAUGGACCAUCAUCAUGAGGAAGACAAAUUAGCGGAAACGUUCUGGGAUAAAAUUGUCCCCCACGUCCGAGCAACCCUAGCCACCCUCACUAUUACAACGAGAUAUGAGGGGGAUUUGUGCUACGGGCCCUCUGCUGCGGCUGCAUUAUUGCAAUGCUUGUUGCUUAAAGACGUGACUUUAUCAAUAGGCACGGUCAGUACGCCCUGGGCAGCUGAAACAUUCUCUCAGGCUCGCAACGAUAGGAGAGUCGAAUUUUCUCGCCUAGACGACCCUCAUGGCUCUCCCGUGAAUUGUGGAGCUCUUGUGCUCUGCAGCUUAGAAAUACCUCUUGAGACAUUGGUGCUGACAUCGACGCGUGCGGCCGCCGAUCGUGCCGCUGAUAUCUACCGCCUGAACAGCGGCACUCGGUCGAAGGGUAGUCCACAAGUGUAUCGCGCAAUACAGCAGCGCCAAAAAAAGGUAAACGGGAUUGAAGAAGUGUUGCUCGGAAUGCGAACCCCGGUAGAGUGUGCAGCGAACUGGCCAUUGACCGUGGUGGUGGAAUCGUCUUCUCGGCUUUGUCGUCAAGAGGCGAAUAGCGUUGUGUAUUACAAAAAAGAGAGCACAGAGGAUGACUAG